AUUCUCUUUUAAUUUAACAUAAAUUGUCAAAAAAAAAAAAAAUUAUGAAAUUUUGUAAAUAUUAAUUCCUCAACAAUUGAUAUGUAAAAGGCGAGACCAGUCAACAUUUUCUUUGGUCACGUUUCAAUUGUAAACGUCACUUUUUGUACAGUAAACUAAAUUGUAAGAACAAGAAGAAUAUUGAGCCGAAAGAGCAACAACAACAACAACAACAACAACAACAACAACAACAACAACAACAACAACAAGACCAACCAAAACGAAUCAAAUCCAAUUAGAAGCGAAUUGGAAAUACAAGAGAAAAAAACCAUAUAAGGAGAAAUAAAAACAAACACGAGCUUGCAACCAAUUGCGAACCAAGCCAAAGCGAAACAGCGAUACAAGAGAAAGAGAGAGGGAGAGAGAGAGAGCGAGAGAACAAGAAACAUAUAUAGAGAGCACCAGAGGAUCGUUUUAAGAAUUCGCAUGCGCCAAUGAGAACGUCGCAUCCUUCACACGCGUCCGAUUUCGUCGUCGUUGCCGCUCCCAGUUCCGGUUCCGGUUACGGUUCCGCCAGCGGUUCAGCCACUGUGGAUGUGCUGGACGUAAAGCCAACUGCCAAACAGGUUAGCAUUGGCAUCAGCUGCGAUCUGAAGCCCAUUGUCUUUCUCGACUCGGACACGAGGCAGCCGCGUCAGCGCAGUGUCAUCAUCGGGCAGCACUCGCAAGAGCAAGAACAACAACAUCAUCAUCAUCAUCAUCAACAACAUUAUCAACAUCAUCAUCAGCAACAAGAGGAAGAACAGCAGCAGCAGCAACAACAACAGCAGCAGCAGCAGCAGAAAACGUCGUCCAAGUCUGGAGCAGCGGCCAACAGCAAGCGAAAGCGCGAAACAGAUUGCGAUUGCGGCUGCGUGGACUCGUACAACGGCGGCAGCGUUGAGUUGCGGCACGGCCAGGUACAGGCAGCGGCAGCAGUGGCAGCAGCAGCAGCGGCAGCCUCCGCUCAGAGCUUUGUGAUUAGCAGCAGCAGCAGCCACAACAGCAACAGCAUCAGCCUCAAGACGGCGCACGCAAAGGUUGCCACAUCCGGGGGGCAUGCCAAUACGCAGCCCCCCAGCAAACGUUCCAGCAGCGGCGCCGACGGCGACUAUCAGCUGGUGCAGCACGAGGUGCUCUAUUCGCUCUCCGCGGAAUAUGAGGUCCUGGAGUUUCUGGGCCGCGGCACCUUUGGUCAGGUGGUCAAGUGCUGGAAACGCGGCACCUCCGAAAUUGUUGCCAUUAAGAUUUUGAAAAAUCAUCCCUCCUAUGCGCGUCAGGGUCAGAUUGAGGUAUCGAUACUCUCACGACUGAGUCAGGAGAAUGCGGAUGAGUUCAAUUUUGUGCGCGCUUUCGAGUGCUUUCAGCACAAGAAUCACACCUGCCUGGUCUUUGAGAUGCUCGAGCAGAAUCUCUAUGAUUUUCUCAAGCAAAAUAAAUUCUCACCGCUGCCGCUCAAGUACAUACGUCCCAUACUGGAGCAGGUGCUGACUGCCCUGUUGAAGCUGAAGCAACUGGGCCUGAUUCACGCCGAUUUGAAGCCGGAGAACAUAAUGCUUGUGGAUCCGGUGCGUCAGCCGUAUCGCGUUAAGGUCAUCGAUUUUGGCAGCGCCUCGCAUGUGAGCAAAACCGUUUGCAAUACGUAUCUGCAAUCGCGCUAUUAUCGCGCACCCGAGAUCAUUUUGGGUUUGCCAUUUUGCGAGGCCAUCGAUAUGUGGUCGCUGGGCUGUGUUGUGGCCGAGCUCUUUCUGGGCUGGCCCCUGUAUCCGGGCAGCUCCGAGUUCGAUCAGAUACGCUAUAUAUCACAGACACAGGGUCUGCCCACGGAGCAUAUGCUGAAUAGCGCCUCGAAGACAUCGAAAUUCUUUUAUCGUGACGUCGACUCGACCUAUCCAUUUUGGCGCCUCAAGACCACCGAGGAGCAUGAGGCGGAGACGAACACCAAGAGCAAGGAGGCACGCAAAUAUAUCUUCAAUUGUCUGGAUGAUAUUGGGCAGGUGAAUGUGCCCACCGAUUUGGAGGGCGGCCAAUUGUUGGCCGAGAAAACGGAUCGUCGGGAAUUUAUCGAUCUACUGAAGCGCAUGCUGACCAUAGAUCAGGAGCGACGCCUGACACCAACCGAGGCACUGAAUCACAGCUUCACGAGGCUCACGCAUCUGGUCGACUAUGUCUAUUGCAACAAUGUGAAGGCCUCUGUCCAAAUGAUGGAGGUUUGUCGUCGCGGCGAUUUCCAUACCGUACAACCGGCUCCCACGCUGGUCACCAAUUUCGUGCCCAGCAGCACCGAGAACAUGACCUUUACCAUCAACAAUCAGCUGACCAGUCAGGUGCAGCGCCUCGUGCGCGACGGCCGUCCCUUGGCCUACGAGGGUCUCUAUCAAAUCUACGGCGGACGCAAUGUGGCACGCCAGUAUCCACAGGCGCGCACCGACACGUUCCAGCAUCAGUUGGUAUCCAACAUACUCUGUCCGCCCUCAUAUCAGGCCAUGCCCAGUCCCACCAAGCAUGUGGUGGCCACAAUGCAGCCGCCGUUGCAGGUGCCGCCACAGCAAUAUGUCAAUGUGCCGGUGCCCGUGUCCAUGGUGGAGCCCAGCUCGGGUCAGCGUAUGCUGCUCACUAAUCGAGUCCAGGCCAGUGGCGUUGCCUGGCCGCAAACUGGACGCCAGAUGGCCUUGGUGCCGUCCUGGCCGCAACAGGCGCCGGCGCAUUCGCUAAUCGUUGACUCGACGCCGCUGUUCAAUGUGGAGGAGAUCUAUCCCAAGCAUCAUCUCAACUUGCCGCGCAACGAUCUCAAGAAGGAGUCGCCGGCUCAUCAUCUAGCCAAGGGCAACUCUUAUCGCGUGCCGCGCCACGAGAAGAAGGAACACCAGCAGCUGUCGCCCGUCAAGAAGCGUGUCAAGGAGAGCUCGCCGCCGCAUCAGCAGCGCUAUCAGCGUGCCGCCCAUGUCUCGCCGCAGUACCACGCCCAUCAUAAUUGCAACUAUGGAGGCGGCUAUGGAGCUGGCGCCGCUGGAGCUGUUCUGGCCAGCUCUGCCUCAUCGGCCAGCAAUAUUGUCAACGCCAGCUCGUCGAGCUCGCAUCAUCACGCGCCCGUGGCUCAUGCACCGCACGGCAGCAGCAGCAGCAACAGCGCCUACAACACCGCCGGCCAUCACAUUGUGAUUAACAAUUGUAGUGGGGGCGGCGGCGGCGGCUCCGCUGUGGCCUAUCAUGCCAGCGGUGGCAUCAGCAGCAGCAGCCAGCCGCCAUUGCAUGCGCAUCAGCCGCAGCACGUGAAGCAGCCGACAAUUACCAUACAUGACACGCCCUCGCCGACAGCCGUUGUGGGCGAUGUGAUCACAAUUUCGGACAGCGAGGACGAGGGCGCCGAUCUACCCCCAAACAGCGCCACAGUCGCGCCCAUUAAGCAGCGCGCGCACGCCCAGUCGCAGACCAGCAGCAGCCUAAUGCAGCAGCAGCAGCAGCAACACCAACAUCAGCAGCAGCAACAUCAACAACAGCAGCAGCAACAGCAGCAGCAGCAGCACUCGUCGAGCAGCAAUCUGCAUUGCCGCAGCAGCGGACAGCCGUUGCACGUGCAACAUCAGGCAGUUAAUUAUGCUGUGCCCGCCUCCGUUUCCUCCGCCCUUGCCACGACCACGUCUCAGUCGCAUCUCAGUCGUCAUAAGUCAACGCAACAACAGCACGUCCAUCUAGUAAUUCCAUGCGUUACCGUAGGUGAUCACGAUCCGGAGGAUGCGCGACGACGUCAUCAUGCCGCCGCAGCCGCUGCCCUAGCCGUGCCCAGUCCCAAGCAUCAUCAUCACCAGCAGCAGCAGCCGCAGCAGCAGCAGCAACAACAUCAUCAUCACCAGCAGCAGCAGGUGCAGGUGCAGGUGCAGCCGGCACAGCAGACGCCGCACUAUCAGCCACAGCCGCCGCCGCCGCAAGCCCAACCGCAGCUCCAGCAGCAGCCGCAGCAGCAGCCCAGCAUUAAAUACGAGCCGGGGCAAUCGCAGAAGAAACGCAUUCUGGCCAUGGCUCAAAGCGAGUGCAACUAUCAGCCGCAGCCGCAGGUGCAGAUACAGGUGCAGCAGCAACAACAACAACAACAACAACAGCAGCAGCCACAGCCCGUUGCCAGUCUGCCGCAUAUUCCAACCAAACAGGAGCCGCCCGAAUUCUAUUCGGACUACGCGCCACAGCAGCAGCAACAGCCGCCGCAGCAACAGCUGCAACUGGAGACCAAGCGCAGCUCCUGGGCAGCCGGCUCCAGCGGCGCGGCCAUGCCCCUGGCACAUCCGAAGCGCGAGGCGCCCUCCGUUGCGCCCGUCAGCUAUGUGACGCCCACUGUGGCGCCGCCGUUGGCCCACUCGAAGAGCAACUCGAGCAGCUCGUCGAUAAGCGCCGCGGCUGCUGCAGCGGCUGCAGCUGCUGCCGCUGCCGCCAGUGUGGGUCCGCCGUCGUGGGGCCCACCGCAGGUCUAUCGCCAGCCAUCGCAGCCGCCACCAACAUCGGCUGCUGCUGCCGCUGCUGCCCAGCCGCCAGCUGGACCGCCGCAUCAUCAUCAUGGCAGCCACAGUCAUCAUCAUCAUCACCAGGCGGGCACGCCGCUGGGCGGCUCACCCUCAUCGACGGCCGCUGCGGCCAUGCUGCAGACGGACAUUUACGCACAGGGCGACAUGUAUCGACGUCCCACGGUCUAUGUAUCCCAGGCCGCGCCCACAUACGCCUAUGCGAAUCGCACGGUGGUUGCGCCACCGCCAGCACACAACAGUUCCAGUCGACAGGUCAUACCAUCCCAUCCGUUGCCGGCUCACAUCCAGAUCCCGUCACAGUACAGCCAAUUUGGACCAUUGAGUCCCGCCCAGGUAGCUGCUAGCAAGCAUGCAGCGCACUUUGCGCCCACCAACAUAUGGUAUGGAGCUGAGUAG